AUGGCUCCAACGCUGGGGCUGCUCUUGGGGCUCCUGGGGCUCUUGGGGGGCCCGGGGCGCGCGACGAAACUUCUCCACUCCCUGCGUUACCUGCACGUGGCUGUGUCGGAGCCCAGUCGAGGGAUCCCCCAGUACAUGUCCAGGGGGUACCUGGAUGGGAUCCCCUUCACACGCUGUGACAGUGAGCGGGGCCAGGUGGAGCCGCUGACACAGUGGAUAAAGGAUGGAGUCGAGCCGGGAUAUUGGGGGGGGACCCAGAUCUGUGUGCAGCACCAGCACGUGGAUACCGGGGACCUGGAGACACUGCGGGAGCGGUACAACCAGAGCAGGGGUCUCCACAUAUUGUUGGUAGUUUACGGCUGUGACCUCCUGUCUGACGGGAGCAUCCGUGGAUCCUACCAGGAUGGCUACGAUGGGCGGGAUUUCAUCUCCUUUGACCUGGGAUCCGGGAGAUUCGUGGCUGCUGACAGCGCUGCUGAGAUCACCAGGAGGCGCUGGGAACAUGAGAACGAGGCUGAGAGUUUGACAAAUUACCUGGGGGGCGUCUGCCCAGAAUGGCUCCAGAAAUACGUCGGAUAUGGGCAGAAGGAGCUGGACCGCAAAGGUGGGAGCAGAAUUCCUGUGGGAAUGUGGGAUAUGGGAAUGGAGGAUUUGGGAACAUGGGAAUUCCAGGGGCAGAUCUCACUCCCGUUCCAUUCCAGUGGGAAUUCCAUGGUCAGGUCUCACCCCCAUACCAUUCCAGUGGGAAUUCUAUGGACAGGUCUCACCCCCAUCCCAUCCCAUUCCAGUGGGAAUUCCAUGGGCAGAUCGCACCCCAUCCAUUUCCAGUGGGAAUUCCAGGGGUAGAUCUCUCCACCGUCCCA